UGCAGGUUUUGGUGAACAAAAAUACUGCUAGUGCAAGUGAAAUAGUGAGCAGCUGUGAUUAUCACAGAGAUUCAGUUGCUUAUCAAUGGAACCCGAAGACGAAACACAUCUUGUCAGCUGGAAGUCUCAACUUGAGGAGGAUAUGAAGAUGAUCCAAUAUCAGGACAACAAAAACCACAUUAUUGAAGUACUUGCAGCUAAUGACCUUGACUGUCAUGAUCUGGGUUCAAUCUAUGCAGCAGACACGAUGGUUCUUGGUAACUAUAUAGAAGAAAUUGUAGUAUCUGCAGUCUCUUAUCAUUUGAUGAAUAACAAGGAUCCUGAAUACGGACACGGAAAGCUAGUUAUUUCAUCCUCAAGUUUGUCCCAUGGUUUGAGCAUAUUCCAGGAAGGCAAGUCUUCUGGCAAGGAUACUUUAAAGCUGGAAGCGCAGACUGAACCUUUUACGGAUGCACCAAAGGAUGAGGCUGUUGCUAUGAAGCCAGAAACAAAAGUUGGAAGCACAGUCCCUGAGGCAUCAGCUUUAACAGAGGCAUCAGCUUCAACAGUGAAGGAUGCUGGUAACCCAGCGCGCCAGCAUCAAAAGCUCAGGAGAUUCCUCCUGACAAUGAAUUUGAGAAGCGCACAAGGCCAGAAGUCAUACCAGCUAGUGAGAUUGGUGUGGCAUUCAAAGAUAUUGGUGCUUUGGAUGAUAUUAAAGAAUCUCUCCAAGAACUAGUGAUGCUACCUCUUUAAAGACCAGACCUAUUCAAGGGAGGCCUUUUAAAGCCAUGCAGAGGAAUAUUGCUAUUUGGGCGUCCUGGCACUACGAAGACAAUGUUGGCAAAGGCCAUUGCCAACGAGGCUGGAGCAAGUUUCAUUAACGUGUCUAUGUCUACUGUCA